AUGCUGAGCACCAACCUGUAUGACCUGAUGGCAAACAACCCGCCUCUGUUGUUAAACGCCAUCAGACCGAUCGCUCAGCAGGUAAGUCAGCAGUUAGAUCAGCGGGUCAAAACAGAAACUGCUGAGGGCCGUUUGAGUUCAAGACCUCUGACAGCUCAGGAGCAGGAUAAGAAACGUGAAGUUAGUUUAAAGGUGCUCAAUGUUUGACAUGUGCAGUGACAUGUUUUGCUCUGGUCUGUUUGUUUUUCUCAACACUUGUGAGCUCAGGGAUCCUGUCGGUGCUUCAGACUUUGUAGGAAACUUCUUUUAUCAAACUCUGCAGCAGCUGAAAAACUGAAGCCAAAGUUUGUCCUCUUUUUAACCCUGCAGCUGAUGGUCGCUCUGGACACCCUGAAGGGUCUUGGUAUUGUGCACUGCAACAUCAAGCCAGACGACAUCAUGCUGGUCAGUCGGGACCUGUGA